AUGCCGCCGCGUAAAAGCCUUUUCGCGCCUUUCAUCUCGGUGGAUGCGGAGGGAGGCGUCGGCCCCGCGGCCCCGGCGGCUCUCCACGCCGACAUCCAGGCUCUGCUGCAGCGGAGCCGUGCGCCGGAGCGGCAGGGCGCGGAGCGCACCAGGGGCGACUUCCGAGACCCUCCGUGCGCCAUCGUGGAGCUCCGGCUGGGCCCCGCCGGCGGCGCGCUGCACUACCUGCAGCCGGACAAGUGCGCUCUGGAGCGGGCGCAGAGGCGGCGGCGCCUGGCGGCCAACGCCCGGGAGAGGAGGAGGAUGCUGGGACUGAACGUGGCCUUCGACCGGCUGCGGAGCGUCAUCCCGAACCUGGAGAGCGACAAGAAGCUGUCCAAGUCCGAGACUCUCCAGAUGGCGCAGAUCUACAUCGCCACGCUCAGCGAGCUGCUGCAGGAGAACCGGACCCCGCGGCCCCCGGGCGCCGCCUCGCCGCCUCAGGACGCCCCGCCGGGGCCAGUCCGGGACUUUGACUCCGGGAGGAGCAGCGGAGGCCCGGUGCGCUCCGAGGAGCAGCGGCGGAGCUACGAUGAGGACAUGUGGGAGAGACCGAGCGGGACCAAGUGA